CUGGCAAAAUUUUUGACUCUUCAGUACGCUACGCGUCGUGAGCGAGUGAAAAUCGAACGCGUGCGAAUAUGUCGCUCACCUGCGCAAUUUCGAACGAGGUGCCGGAUCAUCCAGUGAUCUCACCGGUGUCUGGAGCAAUUUUCGAGAAACGGCUAAUCGAGAAGUACGUCAAUGAAGCCGGAGUUGAUCCAGUCAACGGCCAAGAACUGACAAUCGAGCAAUUGAUUGAAGUCAAAACUCCACCAGUUACAAAGCCAAAACCUCCAAGUGCUACAUCUAUACCUGCUAUUUUGAAAAUCCUUCAAGAUGAGUGGGAUGCUGUUAUGCUGCACUCUUUUACUUUGAAGCAACAAUUGCAAACAGCAAGACAAGAACUUUCUCAUGCAUUAUAUCAGCAUGACGCUGCAUGUAGAGUAAUUGCUCGAUUAACAAAGGAAGUAACGGCUGCUAGAGAAGCUUUGGCCACAUUAAAACCACAAGCUGGAAUUGCCCAAAAUGCUACAGCUCAACCAGCACUGGCUGCAGAAGCUGGUGGUAUUGCAGCUCAACCUACAGAACAAGCUGGCAUUACAGAAGAUGUCAUUCAGAAAUUGCAAGAAAAAGCUACUGUUCUCACACAAGAAAGAAAGAGAAGAGGUCGAUCUGUUCCAGAGGAAUUGGUUUCCCAAGAAAAUAUACGAUCAUUUCAAACUCUGGCUUCACAUCCUGGUCUUCACUCAGCAAGUGUUCCUGGUAUUUUAGCUUUGGACAUUCAUGCUUCUGACACAAGUAAAAUUUUGACAGGAGGAGCAGAUAAAAAUGCUACAGUAUUUAAUAAAGACACAGAACAAAUUGUUGCUGUACUGAAAGGUCAUUCCAAAAAGAUUACCAAAGUUGUUUACCAUCCAGAAGAAGAUGUUGCUAUUACUGCAUCAUCUGACUCUACAAUUCGUAUCUGGAAUGUUCAAACAUGUCAAACUUCUCUUUUACUCAAAGCUCAUGAAGCACCCGUCAAUGGUCUCUCAUUACAUCCUACUGGUGAUUAUCUUUUAAGUUCAUCCCUAGACUCCUAUUGGGCUUUCUCUGACAUACGUACUGGAAGAUUAUUGACAAAGGUUUCUGGCCAAAGUCAACAACCACUCACUACAGCACAAUUCCAUCCUGAUGGAUUGAUUUUUGGUACUGGAACAGCAGAUUCACAAGUGAAAAUUUGGGAUUUGAAGGAACAAUCUAAUGUAGCCAACUUCCCUGGUCACACUGGACCAAUUACAGCUAUUAGUUUUUCAGAGAAUGGUUACUAUUUAGCGACGUCAGCUGAAGAUUCAUGUGUAAAACUAUGGGAUCUGCGUAAAUUGAAAAAUUUCAAAACCCUGCAACUUGACGAGGGUUACGAAGUUAAAGACAUUUGUUUUGACCAAAGUGGUACUUAUUUAGCUAUCGCUGGAACUGAUGUUAGGGUAUACUUAUGUAAAAUGUGGAGUGAAUUGAAAAUCUUGAACGAUCACACUGCACUUGCCACUGGUGUGAGAUUUGGAAAACACGCUCAGUACGUUGCAUCCACGAGUAUGGAUAGAACGCUGAAGCUUUAUGGACAGGCGUAACCACUACAAUUAGCUGUACAUUAAUAACAAUUUUUAUAAGUAAAAAAAGAAUCAAUUGAAUGUACAAUUUUCAAGCAUGAAUCAUUUAUGCUCGAAAUUGCGUUGAUAAAUUUUUUUUUGUAAAUGAAUCGAAUGACCACAUCAAAACCUUGCAAUUGUAAUAAAACAUUAUCUUUCACUAAAAAAUCAAUUCGUCCAUUGGAAAUUCUGUAAACUGAUGGCCGUUUUCGGCUAACAUUUUUCUAUAAUAAAAAUCACGAACGAAUUCA